AUGAUAAGUUUAAUUCUAAUAGUUUUAUUUUUGAUCCCAAUAAUUUUAAUUAUACAUAGUAGCAUUUUAUUUCAGUAUUUUUAUAUUAUUAUAUAUAUAUAUAUAUUAUUAUAUAAAUCUCCGUCAUCAAUUUUUUCUAGCAUUUCUUAUAUACUAGGCUUAGAUUAUUUUUCUUAUGGUUUUAUAUUAUUAACUUUUCUUAUUAGCUCAUAUAUAAUUAUUUCUAUAAUAAACUUUUCUAAUAAUUUCUUAUAUUUUAUAUUAUUAAAUUUAAUAAUAACAUUUUUUUUAGUUAUUAUUUUUAGUUCUAUAAAUUUUUUAUAUAUAUAUAUUUCUUUUGAGUUUAUUUUAAUUCCAUUAAUUAUUUUAAUUUUAGGUUGGGGGUAUCAACCAGAACGGUUAAUAGCUGGAAUAUACUUAUUUUUUUAUACUGUAUUAGUUUCUUUACCUUUACUAUUACUUAUUAUAUAUAUAUAUAUAUAUUGCGGUUCUAUGUUUUUUGGGUAUAUAGUUUUUUCAUCAGAAAAUUUUUUAAUUCAUUUUAUUUUGAUUGUUGUUUUUAUAGUAAAAAUACCAAUAUAUUUAACUCAUUAUUGGUUACCUAAAGCUCAUGUUCAAGCACCGGUGUCUGGGUCUAUGAUUUUAGCUGCGUUAAUAUUAAAAAUCGGCGGGUAUGGGUUUAUUCGUGUUAUAUAUAUAUAUGAAUAUAUAUUAGUUAAGUAUUCUUAUAUUUGAUUUACUUUUGGUAUUGUAGGUUCUUUAUUUAUCUCUAUUAUUUGCUUAAUUCAAGGUGAUAUUAAAUGUUUAGUAGCUUAUUCUUCUGUAGCUCACAUAGGGAUAGUAUUGUGUGGUUUAAUAACAAUAAAUACAUGAGGAAUUUUAGGUUCUUAUUUUUUAAUAAUUGCUCAUGGGUUUUGUUCAUCAGGUUUAUUUUAUAUUUGUAAUUUGUUUUAUAUUCGUACUAUAAGUCGCAGAUUUUUUAUUAAUAAAGGUUUAAUUAAUUUUAUGCCUACUUGUUGUAUAUUCUUUUUUAUAUUAUGCGCUUUUAAUAUAAGUUGUCCACCAAGAUUGAAUUUUGUUAGUGAGCUAAUAAUUUUACCUAGAUUAAUAAAUUUUUGAUCUUAUUCUAUAUAUUUUUUUAUUGGUAUUUCUUUUUUUUCUGCUUGUUUUAGAUAUUAUUUAUAUAGUUUUAGUCAGCACGGCUUAUAUCAUAAUUUAUAUACUUUUUCUAUAAUUAAUUUAUUAGAAUUUUUAUGUUUAUUCAUACAUUUGUUUCCAUUAUUUUUAAUCCCUGUUUUUAUUAGUACUUUAAUAUAA